GCGCCAGCUUCAGGCGUCACUUCCCAUGCGACUUCCUUCGGGAAACAUGGCGGCACUGAGCGGUGUCCGCUGGCUGACCCGAGCGCUGGUCUCCGCCGGGAACCCUGGGGCAUGGAGAGGUCUGAGUACCUCGGCCGCGGCGCACGCUGCAUCGCGGAGCCAGGCCGAGGACGUGAGGGUGGAGGGCUCCUUUCCCGUGACCAUGCUUCCGGGAGACGGUGUGGGGCCUGAGCUGAUGCACGCCGUCAAGGAGGUGUUCAAGGCUGCCGCUGUCCCAGUGGAGUUCCAGGAGCACCACCUGAGUGAGGUGCAGAAUAUGGCAUCUGAGGAGAAGCUGGAGCAGGUGCUGAGUUCCAUGAAGGAGAACAAAGUGGCCAUCAUUGGAAAGAUUCAUACCCCGAUGGAGUAUAAGGGGGAGCUAGCCUCCUAUGAUAUGCGGCUGAGGCGUAAGUUGGACUUAUUUGCCAACGUAGUCCAUGUGAAGUCACUUCCUGGGUAUAUGACUCGGCACAACAAUCUAGACCUGGUGAUCAUUCGAGAGCAGACGGAAGGGGAGUACAGCUCUCUGGAACAUGAGAGUGCAAGGGGUGUGAUUGAAUGUUUGAAGAUUGUCACACGAGCCAAGUCUCAGCGGAUUGCAAAGUUUGCCUUUGACUAUGCCACCAAGAAGGGGCGGAGCAAGGUCACUGCUGUCCACAAGGCCAACAUCAUGAAACUUGGGGAUGGGUUGUUCCUGCAGUGCUGUGAGGAAGUUGCUGAACUGUACCCCAAAAUCAAAUUUGAGACAAUGAUCAUAGACAACUGCUGCAUGCAGCUGGUGCAGAAUCCUUACCAGUUUGAUGUGCUUGUGAUGCCCAAUCUCUAUGGGAACAUUAUUGACAAUCUGGCUGCUGGCCUGGUUGGGGGAGCUGGUGUGGUCCCUGGUGAGAGCUAUAGUGCAGAAUACGCAGUCUUUGAGACGGGUGCCCGGCAUCCAUUUGCCCAGGCAGUGGGCAGGAAUAUAGCCAAUCCCACGGCCAUGCUGCUGUCGGCUUCCAACAUGCUGCGGCAUCUUAAUCUUGAGUAUCACUCCAGCAUGAUUGCAGAUGCAGUGAAGAAGGUGAUCAAAGUUGGCAAGGUGCGGACUCGAGACAUGGGCGGCUACAGCACCACAACCGACUUCAUCAAGUCUGUCAUCGGUCACCUGCACCCCCAUGGGAGCUAGAGCCCUUUAUUUCUUCCAACCUUGCAAGGACCACACUCCCCAUACCCUUCAGUGCAGUGCACCAGGGAAGAGACCUUGUGCCUUUAGGCAGUGGACCAUGGCCACCUUGCUGGGUAGAGCCUAGGUUGUCCUUGGGCCGGCUUCCUUAGGGGACAGACUGUUGGGUGGUGAUGGGGAUUGUUAGGAUGGAGCCCAGGCCACAUAGAUGAUGAUGAUUCUCCCCCACAGGUUCGAACCUCUGACAUGGGUGGCUAUGCUACUUGCCAUGACUUCACUGAGGCUGUCAUUGCUGCCUUGCCCCACCCAUAAGCCCUGUCCAUACCCAUGUAAGGUGUUCAAUAAAGAACAUGAACCAA